AUGCAGCUUACCAACCUCGCCCUCUGGGCGGUUGCGGCCGUCCAGACGGUUCAGGCGCACUACCGCUGGAGCAAGCUGAUCGUCAACGACCGCCUGACGGGGGACUGGGAGUACAUGCGCGAGAACAGCAACGGCAUCAUGCCGACCAAGCAGUUCAUCCAGGCGAGCGACGACUUCCGCUGCAACUCGGGCUCGUUCGCCAACGCGGGCCGCACGGGCGUGUACAAGGUCAACCCAGGCGACAAGAUCGGCUUCCAGCUGUGGUACUACGCCACCAUGCAGCACCCGGGCCCGCUCACCAUCCACAUGUCCAAGGCCCCCAACAACGACGUGCGCAACUACCGCGGCGACGGCGACUGGUUCAAGGUGCACCAGAUGAUAAUCUGCAAGCCGCCGUCGAACGGCUACCUGAACGACCAGGACUGGUGCACCUGGGACCAGUCGACCGUCAGCUUCACGCUGCCGCGCGACACGCCCCCGGGCCAGUACCUGGUGCGCGUCGAGCACAUCGCCCUGCACGGCGCCAAGGAUGGCCACACCGAGUUCUACUUCGAGUGCGCCCAGAUCGAGGUCGGCGGUAACGGCAACGGCCAGCCGGGGCCCAUGGUCAAGAUCCCGGGUCUGUACGACUCCGAGGACCCCGCGCUGAGGUUCUGGAUCUACGGUGUGCCCAACUACCCGUACACCAAUAUCGGAAAGCAUUCCGUGUGGACCGGCGGACAGGCCAACGGCGGCGGGAACUCGGGAGGCGGUGGAAACACCGGCGGUGGCGGCAGUGGAAAAGCGCCUCUGUAUGGACAGUGUGGAGGCAAGGACUGGACAGGCCCGACGUCUUGUUCCGAGGGGACUUGCAAGGCGACCAAUGAGUGGUACUCGCAGUGUGUCAAAUGA